UGGUGGAAAGUCGACGCCAAACAAGGAAAUGUGACCACGUAUUCUUUGUUGUGACGAUUUUGAGAAUUCGUAACAUUAGCGAAAUGGCAGAGUUACGGUUGGAUUUAGAAAGUAAUUCACAGUAUGGCCCUUUUGCCAGCGAUUUAGCGGAUAUUUGCAUUGACCAGGAUGGUGAAUGGGGUAGACAUCAACUUGUUUGAAGAACUUGAGAACCUAAGUGAUGCAGAGGAACUCCUUCAAGAAUUCGAGUUCACACCACGUGAUGAAACAGCACUGAAAGAGGUGAAUGACAUUAAUCUGAGAUCCUUCACCAGUGGAGAUACUGACGCUUGCUGCACAGGUGUUGGAGUUCCUGGGUCCUCCCUAUCACCUGGAUCAGCACUCAGUGAUACCUCCUCACUGUCACCGCUGUCUCUGAAAGAGGAUGCCGUGUCUGUGCAGCCUUUGCCGACAAUGCUCACUCCUGGAAAGAAAAUGCACAAGUGGGUCAGCCAAUCUCCCAGAGCCAAGCCUACCAAGCGACCUGCCCACCCACCCCAGAGGGUGUCAAUCCAGCCCAAACCGCCCCCUUCUGUCCCUCUAACACAGCCUGUGGCCCCUUUUCUCAAAACCAGGACCAUUGUCAUCCAGCCCGUUAGCCUACAGACUGUGGUCUCAGUGGUCAAGGCACCACCGCCUGUGACCGUCCAUGCUACUGCCCCCUCUACUGCAGUUCACACAAUGCAUCUCAAGCCGAAACAGGUGAUUGGACCCCAGAUCACUUCCCCAGCCCCUGCCUUCCUCGCUGUCACCAACCAGGUGGUCACCAUGCCAACUGUCCCCCAUGUUACCAUGGGGACCACUGCCCUCACUGGCCAUGCCCAUCCUAUGACGGUGACCUAUCACAGCACAGCAGUGAACACUGAGGCAUGUGUGGUGCGGCGGCAGCAGAGGAUGGUGAAGAACCGUGACUCGGCCACGCUGUCCAGGUUGAGGAGGAAAGAGGCCCAGCAGGCUCUGGAGGCCCGUCUCAGGGGGGCACUGUGUGAGAACCAGAGGCUGCUCCGGGAGAACGGAUCCCUUAGGACCCAGCUGGACGGACUUCUCACGGAGAACACUGUUCUGAAGGUGACGGCUCCAAAGAGACGGGCUGUGUGCCUCAUGGUCGUCCUGGUCUUCUUUGUGCUCAACACGGGUCCCAUAAGUGUGUGGGAGUCAGAGACCAGCAACUCCAGCCUGUCCACUGGGAAGCCACAAAGCAGCCGACAUCUGCUCAGCUUCUCCCCCGACCAACAACAGAGGCGAGGGGAGGAGACACCAGACCCCCAGUCCCCACUGGAGCCCCUGGAUGCCCAGUACCCACAAUCCCACCAAUCCCAGGACAGGUGGGAGGAUUAUACCCCAGAGGAGAUGGCUCUAGCUGUGGUCAAGAAGGAGUCUCUCCUGUUUGGGUCACCCUCCUCGCCCCCCUGCCAACCCCACUCUCCUGUCUCCAGGUCCAAGUCUCUCCGUCUGACUCAGAACUUGCGAGGCUGGGUUCAUCGACACGAAGAGGAGAGAACCAAGUCCACGCGCUCUACCACUGAUCAGUCCAGACAUACAACAACAGAUCAGCACACAACCAAAACUGUCCUGAAGUCACCUGAGGAGAGACCCCAGACGAACCAGUCCAGUAACUCGGUUGUAACAGUCCGCUACUCUGAUAGGCCAGGGAGUGAGGUUCAGGUGUACUACUCACGCCAUCAAAGCUACAGGGACUUCUUUGAUGAGUUAAAUCGACGAGGCGACACUUUCUACGUGGUGUCCUUUCGCAGGGAUCACCUUCUGCUCCCUGCAACCAACCACAGCAAGGGGAGCAGGCCAAAGAUGUCCUUGGUGUUACCAGCUAUUAAUGUGAAUGACUCUGUCAUCAAGGACGACACAUUUGAGGUGAUGAUGCAGAUUGACUGUGAGGUCAUGGACACCAAGAUCCUCCACAUCAAAACCUCCAGCAUCCCAGAGAUCCUACGCGCCAACACCACUGACUUCCAAUCCACCCAUGCCAACGGAAAGGCAUCAGCAUCGGUUGGUGUUCUAUCAGACUCUGCCUGAAAUUGGCCUUACCUAAAAGGCCUGGCAAUCUAAAAGCCUAUCAUUUUACCAACCCUAUUUAAUAAACUGUGACAAAAAAGUAGAAGUUGUCCAGCAACUGUUUACUUCCAUAUUGCUUGGUUUAGAGCGUCUGGGUCAUGUUAAAUGGACAGAAUGCCAGUGCAGGCAUCUACUGUAGGUCUUUAGGUAGAAUAAAUAGUGGACUUAAAGUUGAACCCUUUGGUAACCUUCACUGUCUUUACCCUACUGCUAUAGCAUUCUUUUAGAUGAGCAAAAAUUGAACUAAAUUGAAAAUAGCUUAAUUACAAAACAUUAAUUGAUUCAGGACCCUAUUGAUGGAAUUGAGCCAUGUUAACAAGAUAUAUUGCACAUAUUUAAAAGUGAAUAGACCUAUCCUGUGAUAUUAUGCUUGUUGCUUUUUAAAGCCAUGUUGGUGACUGAGCAAAAUGAGACAUUCAAACAAUUAUACGCAAGACUCAUUUGUAUAUAUCAUACAAACAUCAUGUAAGAUGUGGCCAUUAUUUGCAUUAUUUGAAAUGUGUCAAAUGAGGGUGUGAUAAUGGCCUACUUUUGUUUGAGUCGCUUAAAGGUUUGUCAUGGUAUUUGCAGUACCUUCAAAAGGGUUUUCAGAAAUAAAACCAUGGACAGUAACAGAU